AACGUUACUCAUCUCUCUCCCUCUCUCGCUCCCACGCGUACACAAGAUCACUCACAGAAAAUAUGUAUAUACAUCAUGCAUAUCUUCUCUUAUAUAUAUAAAUAAUAGUCGAGGUAUAUUUAGUCUUAAAGUAUUAAAAAGCUUUGUAUUAGUCCAUACAAAACCAUUCUCAGAUACCUCAAUUGUCCACCAAUUUCUUACAAAUCAAGAAUAUAAUCUUAAGAGUCAUAAGCUCAUAGAUUAUAUUCUGUUAAACAUAGUUUAUCAUCAAAUAUCACCCUUAAGUUCUCUUUUCAGAAUUAAAACAACAUAUAUAAAUGGGGCUAAGGGAUAUUGGUGCAGAGCUUCCACCAGGGUUCAGGUUCUAUCCCAGCGACGAGGAAUUAGUGUGCCAUUAUCUUCACAAGAAGAUUACAAACGAAGAAGUUCUCAAGGGUACUCUAGUGGAAAUCGAUCUCCAUACAUGUGAGCCAUGGCAACUUCCGGAGGUAGCAAAGCUGAAUUCAACAGAGUGGUACUUCUUUAGCUUUAGAGACCGGAAAUACGCCACGGGCUUUCGGACCAAUCGAGCUACCACGUCGGGGUACUGGAAAGCCACCGGAAAGGAUCGGACAGUGGCUGAUCCAAAUACUGGUGCAAUUGUAGGGAUGAGAAAGACUUUGGUGUUUUACAAAAAUAGAGCUCCAAAUGGGAUCAAGACUGGUUGGAUCAUGCAUGAAUUUCGUCUUGAAAGCCCACAUCUCCCACCUAAGGAGGACUGGGUGUUGUGUAGAGUAUUUCACAAGGCAAAGACAGAGAAUACCAACCAACUGAGCCCACAGGACACAACAGCUCGUGACACUUCUCCUUUCUCUAACCACAUUCUACCUCUUGGCUAUUUUCAAAACCAAGAAUAUAAUAAUCAAAUCACUGCCCCAGUCCCCCCACCCCACCAGAACCCUAAUAAUCUCCUACAAUUUCCAUCACUGAACCCUAAUUUCCUUCACUUAUCUCAUCAAGUUCAUACCAAUACUAGUACUACUCUUGCUUGUGUUAAUGAUAUCAUGAUGACGAACUCCAAGGGGCGUGAUGAUCAAGAUCAUUACAGAUUCUUGUUCAAUAUGAACUUCGAGGAAGCCGAUAUAGGAGAUUAUUGAAUAAUGAAGAACAUCCAUAUUUUUAGUAAAUUUAAUAUUAAAUAAAAACCACUAAUUUAUAUAUGGUUUAAAAAGAUUAUUUGUUAACUACCAUUAGAUAGUAAUGAUGUAUAAUUUAUUUUCUAAUUUUGUAUGUCAUCCUGUAAGUAUAAAUAGGUUCAUACAAAUUGUUGUAAUCAAGUUGAAGAGAUAUAUAUUUUUACAUAUAUUUUAUACUC